UGUCAUUACCGUAGACACUCAUCGAAGACCAACCACCAUUACCAGACAACCUUUUUGUUUCCUCAGUUGUUGUACUGUACCUUCAAAACAACACGUUGAAAAUCUUCUUCCUCCUUCUUCGCCUGCACUGCAAUCUCUUUCCAGAACAGAGUCUAUCUUACAAACCAAGUGAUCUUCUUCUUCCCUCACCAACCAUGUCCAUGAGCUUGCAGUUCCAUGCCUUCGCCGGCAACCCACUCCGGCCCAAACUCCCGAUUUCCCAUGACCCCUUUUCACCCUCUGCAGCUCUAGAAGCUCUCAACGCCAGAAUCCUAGACACCACUCUCUCUUCUUCCCUUUCCCCGAGUUUUAAGGUGCUGCCGUUUAGAAAUGGGAAGCCCUUAGCUUCUUCUUCCACUGCCGGCUCCGGUGGCUCGCCGCCGAUUUGGCAUCUAGGUUGGAUCGAGUUGGAGGAUUUCAGGGGUAUGUUGGGAAAUACGGGUGCCCAGUUGAGUGGAGAGUCGAUGGUGUACCUGGGUUUGAGUGCAGAGGACGAUGCUGUUUUAUGGGCAAUUGAUGUUUCUGCUAAGGCACCUGAAUUUGGUGGGGAAUUGGAGUUGGGUUUUGUGGAGCUCCGGACGCUCAUGGUGGCUACUGACUGGGAGGAUUUGAAGGCAACGGGGGACUUGGCUAUUGCUGGUCAUGCUAAGGCACUGCUAGAAUGGCAUAAUGCUUCACGAUUUUGUGGACAUUGUGGAGAGAAAACUGUCCCUGUGGAAGCUGGGAGACGGAAGAAAUGUUCCAAUGAUUCGUGCAAAAAGAGGAUAUAUCCACGUCUUGACCCGGUGGUCAUUAUGCUUGUAAUUGAUAGAGAGAAUGAUCUUGUCCUUUUGGGUAAACGACCGAAGCAUGUAUAUCAAUUGUGGAGCUGCUUAUCUGGUUUCACAGAGCCAGGAGAAAGCUUGGAGGAAGCUGUGAGAAGAGAAACAUGGGAAGAGACGGGUAUUGAAGUGGGAGAGGUUGUAUAUCACAGUUCUCAACCGUGGCCUGUUGGCCCAAGUAGCAUUCCAUACCAGCUGAUGGUUGGAUUCUUUGCAUAUGCAAAAUCCCUUGAAAUAACUGUGGACAAGAAUGAGUUAGAAGAUGCUAAGUGGUACAGUAGAGAAGAUGUAAGAAAAGCAUUGGCGUCUGCUAAAUACAAGAAAGCCCAAAGAACUGCAGCAGCUAAGGUGGAACAAAUGUGUAAAGGAGUAGAUAAUAAUAAUAGGAGCUUGGCUACUGAUUUCAAUGUGGAAAGUGGGGAAGAUGCUCCAAUAUAUGUUCCGGGACCCUAUGCAAUAGCUCAUCACCUUAUUUCCUCUUGGGCCUUCUCAGAUCAAAUGUAGUUAAUGGUGUUAAUGCAAUUCAAAGCGACAUAUAGGUUCUAUGACAAAGUCAACAAAGUCAUAGGAGUGGCUGAAAUUAUUUUUCACAGUUGGAAAUAAAAAUUAUUUGUGUCAUCUAUCAUUUUAUCUCCAAGAAUAUAGAGAGGUACUUGCAGGUGAUGGAAUUUUCUCAUCAAGUUGUUACGAAGAUUCUACACUCCUCAAAAUUGAUAGCUUGAUUUUCUAUUCUGCAUUAUUUUUUCAUGUACAACUAAUAUUCUAUAUGAUCAAUGAUCUUAUUAAUAUUACAAGAUCUGCUUUCUGUUCUGGUUA